AUGCCUGAUGCAGACACAAAACUUCCAGCAGUGACAUGUCCAACUUCCCACCGAGACAGGUGUGUCUUCUCAGAGUGUGAGGAGCACAAAGGCAUCACAGAAUCUGUGCUGGGGGAGAAGAUGCAGUUCAAGGAGGAGAAGCUGGCAGAGAAGUCGACACAAGCUGAGGAGCUCAGGCGAUACAAAGCCUUAGUUCACUCUCAGGCACUAGAGCUGACCCAGUUGAGGAAGAAGUUACGGGAAGGGAGAGAGGCCUCCCUCUUACUCAGUCAGCAUCUCAAGGCCCUUCUCACUGAUGAUGACCCUGACAGCCACCAGGGGCAGGACCUCCGAGAGCAGCUGGCUGAGGGGCGCAGGCUGGCAGAGUGCCUCGUCCGCAAGCUCAGCCCAAAAGAUGAUGAAGUUGGGAAUGAAGAUGCUAAAGAUGAGAAAGUUGAAAAAAUCCAAAGACCACUUGCCUCCAGGUAACAAUGAAUAAUCAGGAGCUGGUA